ACACACACACAGACACACAGAGUGAGACAGAGUGAGAGUGAGAUGUUCGGCUCGUCGCGGUCAGGAGGAGUGAGAGGAGGACAGGACCAGUUUAACUGGGACGAUGUGAAAGUGGACAAACACAGAGAGAACUACCUGGGGAACUCCCUGAUGGCUCCAGUGGGACGCUGGCAGAAGGGGAAGGACCUGACGUGGUUUAGUAAAGACAAGCAGAGCUCGGGGACGAGAGACAGAGAGGAGGAGCUCCGGGCCGUCAGGGAGGCGGAGCACAAUGCCAUGAUGGUCGCGUUGGGUCAUAAAACAGUUCAGAAGCGUCCAGCCGGUCUAACGAAGGAGGAUUUGGUGGACGUGUGUAGGAGAGAGGGAGACGGGGACGAGAGGGACGUGGGCCGAGUGUCCGGGCUGGGGAGCUCCAGCGGUGGAGGUCGGAGGAUGAUUUUGUCCAAGCAGGAGAAGGAAGCGAUGAAAAUGGGUCUGCCGGUGUUUACUCAUCAUAAGGUGACUGGGGGUGAAGCCACACCCACCGAGAAACCAGAGGAACCGCAGAUGAGAAAAGAAGAAGAAGAUCAAAGCGAGAGAAACGACGGCCACAAGAAGAGCAAAAAAGAGAAGAAGAGCAAAAAGGAGAAGAAGAAGAAGAAAGAGAAGAAGCGGCGCAGGAGAGAGUCAUCAUCGUCGUCUGACUCUGAGUCGGACCGUAAACGACACAGGCAGCACCACAGAGCCGAGCGGCGCGGCCCGAGCCCAUCACACGGCCGACAGAGAGGAAACGCUGCACACGACAGGCUAUCAGACCGGGGGUCAAAGGUCAGGCAUCGAAGCCCCUCCCCUUCCCCCAGAGAGCACCCGCCCCGAUAUCGCCAUGACACCGACUCGGACGACUGAAACGGAUGAAACGUCUGCUGUUUGUUUUAUUUUGUAUCCGAUUUAUUUGAUCUUUGUAAUGAAGCUUUGUUUUUAUUUGAAUUUAUAAAAUGAUGGUGUUUAAAACACCGCCACUGGAUUCUGUGUGCGUGUGUGUGAGUGAGAGAG